AUGCCGAUGAGGGGUGUUCGACGCUUUGGAGUAUCUAGCAAGUUGAGUCCUCGUUAUAUGGGACCGUUCGGGGUACUGGAGCGAGUCGGAUCGUUGGCUUACCGAUUAGCUUUACCCCCUCAGCUAGCCCACAUACAUGAUGUUUCUAUGCUUCGCAAGUAUGUGGUAGAUCCCGGGCAUGUUAUUGAUUAUCACUCGUUCGUGGUGCAAGAGGACGCGUCGUAUAUCGAGUUGCCUACUAGUAUUGUGGAUCGGAAAGAGAAAGUGUUCCGCAACCGUACGAUUUCCUACAUGAAGGUUUGCCAUGAAUUUUCCAACAAGUCUCGCGAGUAUGGCGUGACUUGUUGCAAUGGUCACACCAAACCUGAGGUCGCUCAUCGCUUUUACGCUAGUAAUUUGCAGCCUUGUAGGUAA